CGGGAAGACCCAGGACCGGAGGAACCGGAGGAACCGGAGGAGUCGCUGCCGGGACCCGGAGCCGGUCCAGCGGUCCAGCGCUCUGCUCAGCCCGGCGGUCAUGUUUGGCACCAGAAAGACCUGGGACCUCGGCCACGCCCCCUGCCUGCAGGAGCUCUGGAAGAAAGACGUCUCAUUGGACGCGACCUCAGUGGACUUCCUGAUGAGUGAUGGUGAAGACGACGCCUCCUUCCUGUCUCUGCCAAGCUCCGCCUUCUCUCAGCGACCGUCUCUGAGCGCCAACGAAACAAACGCACCCAGUCAGAAGCUGCUCAUUCAGACUCUCCAGGACAAAGUCUGCGAGUUUGAGGCUCGUUUUCGCUCUGAGGAGGUCGCCCGUCACCUGCUGCUGCAGCAGCUGCAACACGGCGUCCACGACAAGACGGGCGUCCAGGUGCUGCAGCAGGAGCAGCCGUCAGGUGUGACGGUGUUUCAGCCAGGUGAACCUUCACACCGACUCAGCUGUGCAGAGGAAGAGCAGCUCGUUACUCGGCUGCGCACACAGGUGGAGGAGCUGGAGGAGAAGCUGUUGGAUCAGACCCAGGAGGUGGAGAGACUUCGCUCUGAGCUGGGGGCGACAGACCUGGAGAAGCAGCUGGAGCUGCUGGUGGUGGAGAACGAGCAUCUGAAGCAGGAGCUGAAGUCAUGCAGGAGCUCAGAGCUUCAGAAGCUCGACGCUGCAGCAGAGACCUGCAGCUGCAGCCACUGCCCCCACAGCCAGGAUGCCGACGCCCUGCGCAGGGAGGUGAGCCGCUGGGAGAACCAGGCCCGGCAGAGGGAGCGGCGGCUGGCUGAGCUGGAGCGAGAGCUGCUGGAGAAGAGCAGCCGGGUGGAGGCUCUGCAGCGGCAGCUGGACGAGGCCACGAGGCAGCUGGACGAGGCCCGACGGAGGCAGACGGAGGCCGAGCAGAAACUCGGCCUCCGUCUGCAGGAGUGUGAGGACGAACUGGCCAGACAGGCCGCCCAGCCGCCCAGAGUCAAGUUUGUGACGCAGACGGUGGAGGUGGAGUCGGCCGACGCUCAGAAAGCUCUGGCCGAGGCGCAGGUGAAGAACGGCGCUCUGCAGGAGCAGCUGUCGGCCCAGAGGCAGCUGCUGAGGGAACUGGAGACGCAGCUGCACGAGUCGCAGAGGACCUGCGCUCAGCUGCGCACGCAGAUCCUCGUCUACGAAGGAGAGAUGGAGCGCGCUCAGGGCCAGCUGGAGGCCGAGAUGCAGAACCUGGAGGAGGAGAAGAACCGGGUCAUCGAGGAGGCGUUUAUCCGAGCUGAGAGCGAGAUGAAGGCUGUGCACGAGAACCUGGCAGGUGUGCGUAUGAACCUGCUGAGCCUGCAGCCGGCUCUCAGGACGCUCACCUGCGACUACAACUGUCUGAAGAGGCAGGUGCAGGACUUCCCCUUCAUGCUGGAUAAAGCCAUCACUGAGGCCAAGCAGGAGAUCUGCCAGGUGAUCGGCGAGGUGAGCAGCGCCAACCAGGAGCUGCUGCGGAAAUACAAGAGAGAGAUGAACCUGAGGAAGAAAUGCCACAACGAACUGGUCCGACUCAAAGGUAACAUCCGUGUCUUCUGCCGCGUCCGGCCGGUCAGUCAGGAGGAGCAGGACUCCGCCGACGCCAAAACCAUGCUGAGCUUCGACUCGGACGACGACGCCAUCCUCUACCUCGCCAACAAGGGCAAGAUCAUGACCUUCGAGCUGGACAAAGUCUUCGCCCCUCAGGCCACGCAGGAGGAGGUGUUUCAGGAGGUCCAAUCGCUGAUCACGUCCUGCAUCGAUGGCUUCAACGUCUGCAUCUUCGCCUACGGACAGACGGGUUCUGGGAAAACCUACACCAUGGAGGGCGUGGCCGAGGAUCCUGGCAUCAACCAGCGAGCUCUGCGGCUGCUGUUCUCCGAGGUGACGGAAAAAGCUCCGGACUGGGACUAUAAGAUCAGCGUGAGCAUGGUGGAGAUCUACAACGAGACGCUGCGGAACCUGCUCGGGGAAAAUCCCACCGACAAACUGGACAUCAAGAUGAAUCCUGACGGCAGCGGACAGCUUUAUGUUCCCGGGCUGACGGAGAUCACGGUUCAGAGUCCAGAAGACAUCAACCGGGUGUUUGAGUUGGGCCACAUGAACAGAGCCACGGCCUGCACCAACCUGAACGAACACAGCUCGCGCUCUCACGCUCUGCUCAUCAUCAGCGUGUCCGGAUUCAACGUCACCACGGGCAACCGCACGCAAGGUAAACUGAACCUGGUGGACCUGGCCGGCUCGGAGCGGAUCGGGAAGUCCGGCGCUGAAGGGAGUCGGCUCAGAGAGGCUCAGUGCAUCAACAAGUCGCUGUCGGCGCUCGGCGACGUCAUCAACGCGCUGCGGAGCAAACACGCCCACGUCCCGUUCAGGAACUCGCGGCUCACCUACCUGCUGCAGGACUCCCUGAGCGGAGACAGCAAGACGCUCAUGAUGGUGCAGGUGUCUCCGCUCCCCGCCAACAUGAGCGAGUCCGUCUGCUCGCUCAAGUUCGCUCAGAGAGUUCGCAGCGUUGAGCUCAGCGCCUCGUCGUCGAGGAGACACGAGAACUCGUCCACGUCGUCGUCGCCGACCCACGACAGCGUCGAGCUGGACUCCCCCCCGGUGACCCCCGUCCCCCUCCCCAUCUCUCGGGCCAGCAGCGCCGGUUCGACUCUUUCAUCGGCCUCCAGAACUCCCAGCAGCUCCAGGAGGAGGUCCCAGUCGCAGCUGUCCACAGGACGACUGAAGCUGACGGCCUGAGAGACGACGGAGGACGUCCAGGACGUCCAGGGCGUCGGCCAACACCCUGAGCUUUUAUCACCUUCCCAGCCGGAGACGAAGGAGCAAAGACUGAUGGGACCUUUACGGAUCGGAACAAUCUGAACCAAUCCUUAGCUCUGUCAUCUGUUGGCAGAACACAUGGCCAAACGUCUGGAGUGCUGUGAUGACUGAUGCUGUAGUGACUCUGAGAAUCCACUGGAGCCCCAGAAGCUCUGAGCUCCUCCGUCUGGACUCUGAUCCUCACUAACACCUUCCCUCAUUCCCACAAAUCAGUAUCUGCUUUCCAAUCACAGUAUUUCUUUUGUUUCUUUGUAAAGUUGCACUUUAUACUGACAGAUUAUUUUCCAGAUGUGGCUGAUUCUAAUAUAUGCAUAUUCUGGUUCUAUAUUUAUGUUUGACAUGCUUUAAUCUUGCUUUUGGUUCAUUCUGGUGCACAUGGCAUUUUUAGGAUGAUUUUUAACAUUUUGGGAUAAAAAUUCAGACUUCUGACUAAAACUCUGAUUUUUUUCCUCCAAAGAAUUGAGAUUAAUUUUUUAUGUGUCUUGAAUCUUCUGAUGCAGCGUCUGUGUCUCGCUGUUCGUCUUCUGUUUUCUUUGUUUUAUUUGGAUUUAGCUGAAUGUUGGUGGAGGAUGCAGCCACAGUAGAAACAACUGUUGGGGAUUUUAAAGUUUUGAGACAAACAGAAAAUCAGAUUUAUGAUUUAAGUCUCUGAAAUGUCCUCUAAAAACGUCAUUUCUGUGUCUGGAUCCUCUUCCAGAGGCCGCCUCUGUGUCCUCCAUGAACCCAGUUUCUGUCUUCUCUUUAGUUUUAUUUGGGGUUUUCUUUCUUUCCGGUGGAGGAUGAGGGCAGAUGAAACAUUCUGGAGAGUCGUGUUCUUAAAAUCUGGAGAUAAAAAUUCUGCUGUUUUUGAAAUGUCAGAUUCAACUCUUUGUGUCUUGAUCGUCUCCUGCACUUUCCUGAGGCCAUCGAUGUCCUCACCUCCAUCUUUAUUUUAUGUUUUUUUAUUUCUCGUGGAGGAUAGGAGAACAAGGAAGUUAAAUCUUUACAAACCGACAGAGGAGCGUUGCCAGAGGCCGUCUCUGUGAGCUCGCUGGUAGUUUUUGUUCAGUUCUGGUGGAGGAUGCGUUUUACAUCCAGCUGAACAUACAGUUCUUGUUUUUCUUCUAACACUGAUAAAUCUCAUGUCUUCAUGUGUAGCGUGUCCUUGUCUGUAGUUUCUGGAGGCUCCUGACCUCCUUCCUCCAACAGGGUACUCCACUGAUACCAGGCUGCCCGACAGGACGCGAGCAGCACCAGGAGUUCUGUCCGGUGCCGUGCUUGUUAUGUUUCAGUCUUCUCCUGCUCCUGUGGAUGUUGGUUUUAUUUCACGCAGAGAGGACAAACCUUUGUCUUCCUUCAGCUUGUUGAAGAACAAAAAGAUGCUCAAAUACUCUGAACUCUACUAUUUCUUCUCGGCUCCUGCUGUGGUCACGUCACCAACGUAGGAAACCACCGGUGACCUCUAGCCUCAGACAGAGCCGCUGUGUAGCCGCCGACCCGGUGCUGAGCAUUGCGAAGGAAGCCGUUAGCUGUAGUCGUAGUGAACAGGAAUGCUUAGAGCGCUGCUGUGUUGUGGAGCUGAUGAUCAAACCGUCUGCUUGCUUUGUGGCUGUAGAUCUCUACAGCUUGUUUUUUUGUAUUUCCUUUUUAAUAAACACGACAAAACAAA